AUGUUCAAACUCCUGGUUCUAUCUCUUCUGCUUGUCAGCACAGCUCAGAUCUGUUUCAAGGCAGACUGUGUGGAAGGUGGGCGCUCUGGUCAUGACUCACAUGUUCUGGGCGCGCGUUCCCUUGUCUUCACAGAUCCGCUGGAUUUCUACUCUUUCUCUCUGCCCGUGGGCAGCGGGACUGGCACCGGCUUUGCCACCUCUGGAGAGGGACGCAUCAGCGCAGUCAGGGUGUGGGAGCAGAACAACAACCAAAUCACUGGGUUUCAGCUGAAGUAUGGUUUCUCCUGGUCUCCUAUCAUUGGCACCAGCAACAUCAACAGAGUGUCCAUGACUCUCUUUGACGGCGAGGCCAUAGUUCAAGUGUCUGGGAAGUACAACCCCAGCAAUUUCAUAGAGCAGGUGCAGUUUGUCACCAACAGGGGGCGUUUUCUCUCAGCGGGUCAACCCCAGGGGCUGUCCUUCAACCACUACCCGACGGACAGUGGCAGCGAGCUCCGCAUCUUGAGCGGCCGUUUCAGCAGUGCUGGCAUCACCUCACUGGGAGUGCACUGGGGAAGAGUGGACACCAUGUACAACAGCAGCGCAUUGGCAAAUAUGGAGAGCUGAAGCUAUUGAUAAAGCUAAGGAAGUGAUUGUGAAUAUCUGUGUGAAUGAGCAUACUCUGAUGCAGUGCUCUCUGUCAGACUGAAAGUCUUCAGACCUCAAUAAAUACAUUUACAUGGAAAAAGUUGUUGGCUUAUGUUUGACUUCAAUUUUCAACCUUUAACCUUAUCAACAUUCAACCUUUUCUAUUUCUGUCAUUAUAAAUGCUAUACACUGUAUUAAUGCUAUAUUCUGGUAUAAUGUAUUUUAAAAAGUUAUGUGUAAUGUGAUCUCUUUAAGAAAAUAAAAUUGAAAUUGAAUGCAUAUUUCAUUAUCUUGUAUUGUUCAUACUGAGAUUUAAUAUGAAUAAAUAAAAAUAAAUAAUUAAAAAAAAAAAAAAUCCCAAAAUGUUAAACAAUCCAAACAAGAGCAGCAGGAGAGAUACAAAAAUGUGAGGGCUUUUUACAUGGCUCUCCUCAAACUGGUUAGACAAGUGAGUCAUACAACUCAACCACACAUGAAACCACACAUACUGUAUAUGCUAGGGAUCCCCAUUAGUUAGACUGCAUCUGAUGGCAGACCAUGCAGUACAAAAAAAAGAUAUAUAUCCAAACAGGUAAAAGCAGCAGUAGUGACACAAAAGUCUGGGGCUUUUUACAUGGCUCAUUUAAAACUGGUAAUAUUUAUGAGAUAUAUAACUCAACCACACAUAUGCUAGGAAUCUCCAUUAGUUAGAUAGUUUGACUGCACCUAAUGGCAGGUGAAGUAUUAGGUGAAUUGUGAAGAAGAGAAAUCAGAAAAAAAGAAGAAAACAAAAACACAGAAAAAGG